AUGACUCAAGCCAAUGGCUAUCGUCAUGAAACAGUGAUUGACAUAAAGAAACCCGUGAGUUUCACUGGGGGGCUUCAGUUUGAAAGCCUCACAUACACUGUGACAAAGCAGAAGAAGGUUGAUGGGAAUUGGUCCAAGGAAGAGGUGGACUUGCUGCAUGAUAUCACUGGUUAUGCACCCAAAGGUUGCAUCACUGCAGUGAUGGGUCCUAGUGGUGCAGGAAAGUCCACUUUUUUGGAUGGUCUUGCUGGGAGAAUUGUUAGUGGGAGCCUUAAAGGGAAGGUCUCCUUGGAUGGGAGAACUGUUAGUCCAAGCUUGAUCAAAAGAACUUCUGCAUAUAUUAUGCAGGAUGAUAGACUUUUUCCAAUGCUUACUGUCUAUGAGACUUUGAUGUUUGCUGCUGAUUUUCGCUUGGGGCCACUUUCACUUGCUGACAAGCAGCAGAGGGUAGAGAAGCUGAUUGAGCAGCUUGGCUUAUCUUCAGCAAGGAACACCUAUAUAGGAGAUGAAGGGACAAGAGGAGUGUCAGGUGGAGAGCGUCGCAGGGUGUCAAUUGGGGUGGACAUCAUUCAUGGACCAUCACUUUUGUUUCUGGAUGAGCCAACUUCAGGUCUAGACUCCACCAGUGCUCACAGCGUGAUUGAAAAGGUGAAUGACAUUGCACGCAAUGGAAGCACCGUGAUUCUCACAAUCCACCAGCCUUCAUCAAGAAUCCAGUUGCUCCUUGAUCAUCUCAUCAUCCUCGCUAGAGGCCAGCUCAUGUUUCAAGGCUCACCUAAAGAUGUAGCUCUUCAUUUGGGUCGCAUGGGACGCAAAGUCCCCAAAGGAGAGAACCCAAUUGAGUAUCUCAUGGACGUGAUUCAAGAGUAUAAUCAAUCUGAACUUGGAGUUGAGGCACUAGCUGAGUUUUCACGCACAGGGAUGAAACCCCCUCCUUUGUCUCACCAGGAAGAACUGUCACGGUCACUGUCUUCUGUUGCACCCUCACCAUUCCCAUCUUCAUUCCAAGGAGCUAGAUAUGAUGACAAAUCUCAAGACCUCUCUAUCUCAUCACAAGUAAGUAGGCGUAUCAUAAAUGAUUUUGAUCACAGUGUUAGAAGCCCACAAAACACAUCAAAGUCAUGGAGUGCCACUAAUAGUGCGGCCUUUUUAAAAUUCACACCUUCACGGCUUAAGAAUGAUCAGAAGGUGCAGAAUCCCGUAAGCAGCAAUGCUUCCCCGGGAUACUACACAUACUCGAGUGAAAUCCUCCCAGCCACUCCAACACCUCACAGUAGUGACUACACAGUGAAUGAGAAUGACUACCUCACUCCCCAAGGUGACACACCAGAACAUCUUGGUCCAAAGUUUGCAAAUUCUUACAUAGGAGAGACUUGGAUCCUUAUGCGCCGUAAUUUCAUAAACAUAAGGAGAACCCCUGAGCUUUUUCUAUCAAGACUUAUGGUUCUUACCAUUAUGGGCUUCAUGAUGGCCACCAUGUUCCACAACCCCAAAGAAACCUUGCAAGGAAUCACAAACCGUCUCAGUUUCUUUAUCUUCACCGUGUGCCUUUUCUUCUUCUCUUCCAAUGAUGCCGUCCCUGCCUUCAUCCAAGAGAGGUUCAUCUUCCUCCGAGAGACUUCCCACAAUGCUUAUAGAGCUUCCUCCUACACCAUUGCUGGUCUAAUCACUCACAUGCCGUUUCUUGCACUGCAAGCUACAGCAUAUGCAGCCAUUGUUUGGUUUGCUCUGCAGCUUCGAGGCCCUUUCCUCUACUUUUGGCUUAUUCUCUUCGUUUCUCUUCUGUCAACCAAUUCAUUUGUUGUGUUUGUGAGCUCAGUGGUUCCAAAUUACAUCUUGGGUUAUGCUGCGGUGAUUGCCUUCACUGCCCUGUUCUUCUUGUUCUGUGGAUACUUCUUGAGCAGCCAUGACAUUCCCAUUUAUUGGCGUUGGAUGAACAAAAUUUCAACAAUGACAUACCCUUAUGAGGCGCUCUUGAUGAACCAGUUCCAGACCGAUAUUGUGUUUGGAGAAAAUGAUGGUAUACCUGUUACCGGUUUUGAUAUCUUGAAUAGUCUUCAUAUUGGGGUUCACGAGCGUGAGAAGAGGAUCAAUGUGCUUAUGAUGUUAGGUUGGGCUGUGCUAUAUAGGAUUUUAUUUUACUUAGUCCUUCGUUUUGGACCAAAAAACCAGAGGUCGUAG